GCCUCGAAGAUAGUCCGAAGUUUCCUGACACUGUGUCCUCCCCGUCCGAGUCCGUCACCUCGUCAAACAUGGCACUCCAUCUCCCUCAUCAUCCACUCUUCACUACUCGCGUUGAGUUUCUCUCCACUGAUGACCGUGUCUCUCUAUCCUACCAGCGGGCUAGACUCCUGAUGCAAACAUACAGUACGUUGUCCUCUUGAUUCUCAAAUACACGUCACAGAUGCAUAUUCUUCGAACCCUAGAUCUUUCGGCUUCUGAUGUCCAAUUCUGUUCUUCAAAAUAUUGGGCUAUGAUGACGGACCCUAUCAUGUCAUUGGAUACUGCCAUGUUUACUAUACUGGCUGCACACGUCGGUCUCACCAUCGGAACACUUUCCCAACAUCUUCACAAACGGCCAGACCUCCGUCCUCUCGUCAACCGUUUAUUACGCUUCGACACCGUUGGCAUCUAUCUCCUCACAGAGAGGGGUCACGGUUUAGAUGCAUUCAACAUCGAGACAACAGCUACGAAGACCCCUGAGGGUUUCAUUAUUAAUACACCCCGCGAAGAGGCAUGCAAGUUCAUGCCUGCUUCCACUCCAUCCUUCGGUAUUCCGAAGGUUGCCUUGGUUAUGGCCAGACUCAUAAUCGAUGGCGAAGACCGUGGCCCACGAUUCUUCAUCGUGCCCGUCUGCAACGAGCACGAAAUGUUCGAAGGUGUCGAGUCCAUCAGACUUGGUCCUCGUCCUGGAACUUCCCCUCUCGAUUUCUCUAUAACGCGUUUCAAUCAUGUCCAUGUUCCAUUCAGUGCACUCGUUUCCUCAGAUAUCUAUGACCAUUCCCUGCCAAAUUCGCCUCUCGAGGCGUGGUGGAAUGAGGUAUGGCGCAUACCUCUUGGAACUCUAGCUGUCACAGCGCCAUGGAUAUCUUCCAUCAAGGCAGCUGCGUUCAUCGCUGGUCGCUAUUCUAUGCAUCGAUCCCUCGUUGGGAAAGGGACUGAUCCCGUGCCCAUCAUCACAUUCAGGACUCAGCAGUGGCCUAUUGCCCACGCGACCGCUGUGGGCCUUCAGAGCGCUGAUAAAUCUGUCGAUCACCGUACUACCGCGUGUCGCCACUUCCAGCGCUGCGUGCCCGAAGUCGCUGAAAGAUGCGGUGCGCAAGGGACAUUUGAGCAUAAUUAUAUGGCUCGCAUUGAGAACGAUGGGAAAGGCGUGAUCAUCGCUGAGGGCGAUGUUCUCACUCUGUGCAUACGCUUAUUCUCCGAGCUCCUCCUCCAGCGUUACAAACUGCCUCUCCCAGACGCAAGCGAGUCGCUUCUUGCUCAGCACGCAGCUUCUAUCUUGGAGGAGAACAUAAACCUUCUUGGUAGUUUGCGUGGGGGACACCGUAGCGAGUCAUUCAACUCUCUCAUUCUCCCUCAGGCGGAGCUUGCGGUUGAGGCCAUGGGUCACGCCCUCGCUUAUUCUGCCGGUUUGAAGUCUGGUCUUCCGAAGCCGAUUCUUGAUGUGUACGAAUGUGCCGUGAUCCGCCGCGAUCCAGCAUGGUAUUCGGAGAAUGCUGGCUUAACCCGGAUUUUACAACGUAUCCGUGAAGAUGAGGCUGUUACAUCAACGCUUCCUGAUCUCGACACUUACCUCAACGAUUUGGCUAUUGAGAACUAUGUCUCUGCACCCAUCGUCUCUGACGAGGCGUGGAAAGAGUACUACGAAGCGAUGCCCGUUUUCACUGGCAACGCCAUUCCUGUUAUUGAUCAGGUACAGGCCAUGUUAUAGGCUGCUUUAUCUUGAGAUCGCUCUUCUUUUACAAGCGUUCUUAGAAAACCUUUGAGGCCCUUCUGGAAGUUGUCCAUACGCUAUUUUUGCAAUUCGCGGAGGUUCAUCUCAGCUCACACUCCCUCGGAUAUCGGUGAUGGCCGUGCAUAGUGUAGUAUCAUCUAGUUUUUUAUUUUCUUUAUGUUGUUGUAAUUGAUGUACUCUGAUAUACCACGAACAUUUAAGGACCGUAUGUUCUUAACGACUUACACACGUUGCUCUGACUUUGCAUUAGUUUUAUCUACACGUUGUUUACUUGGCAUCUGUUUUAUUCCAGAGAAGCAACUAUCUUCCAAUGUCAGCCCUGUAUCAGACCCCGCA